AUGCCCGCUCGCCCAUCGUCCUGCUUUCCCCGCACUCAUUCUCCCUCGCUUUUCAUCUCAUCUCGUCCCGUCUGCCCUCCCUGUGCGGUGCAUCUGCCCCCUCGCCCCCCGUGUUACAGGUUCUGUGGUAACCACAUCCCAGAGACUGCAGCGCUGCGAGUGCCCUGCCCGGUCGACGCCUCCCAGUACGCUCGUCUCCUCUCCCCCUCCAUUCUGCGCCCCUCAUUUGUCUCCUCUCCCCACUCUCCUCCUCCUCUCACUCUCCUCUCCCCACCCCCUCCCCCCCUCACUCUCCUCCUCCCCUCAGUCUACCGCUCUUUUCCCUCCUUACUGCUCGAGACAUGGGCGGGUGAGGCAUGGGCGGGUGAGACAUGGGCGGAUGAGACAUGGGCGGGUGAGACAUGGGCGGAUGAGACAUGGGCGGGUGAGACAUGGGCGGAUGAGACAUGGGCGGGUGAGACAUGGGCGGAUGAGACAUGGGCGGAUGAGACGUGGGCGGAUGAGACAUGGGCGGAUGAGACAUGGGCGGGUGAGGCAUGGGCGGGUGAGGCAUGGGCGGGUGAGGCAUGGGCGGCUGUCUCCCCUGCUCCCCUCCCCUCUGCUCUCCUCUGCGCCCCCCUCUGCCCCCCUCCCCCACCUCGCCCCACCGCACCAGGAGUGUGCCAUUCAAGCCACGCCAUGAGUGUACCAUUUGAGCCGCGGCAUGUGAAGCAGCAGGCGUCCAUCCUCGCCAACCUCGCCCGCGUGGGGCUGCUGCGCCCCCUGCCGCGCCCGCGCACGGUUGAGCGACCAGCAACACAGACAGGCGCGCAGGCAGAGAGGGGUGCAGUGGUGCAGGGAGACGCGCAGGGAGGCAGCACAGCAGGGCACGUGAGAGGGGCAGAGCAGGCAGGAGCGGGAGGGGCGGGGCAGCAGCGUGGGGGCGAGGAGGCCAAGGAAGCACGCCCGCAUGCCGGGGCUGCAGCCGUGCAGCACGGAGGGGAGGAGGCGGGGCGGCAGGGAGAGGAGAAGGGUCUGGCGGUCCCAGUGAAGGAGGGCGAGAGCGAGGGCGGGGGCGAGGGAGAGGGCAGGGUGUAUGUGGAGCUGGGCGCGGGCAGGGGGUACCUGACUCACAUGCUGUGCUCCUGCUUCCUCGCCCGCCAUGUGGUGCUCGUUGAACGCCGCGCUUACAAGUUCAAGUUACUAAUCUUCUCCUCACCCUCUUCCUUCCCCUUCCCCUUCUCUCUCGUCCCGUUCCUUUCCUAUCUCUUCUUCUUUCUCUCCUUUCCUAUCUCUCUUCUCCUUUCUCUCCUUUCCUAUCUUUCUUCUCCUUUCUCUCCUUUCCUAUCUCUCUUCUCCUUUCUCUCCUUUCCUAUCUCUCUUCUCCUUUCUCUCCUUUCCUAUCUCUCUUCUCCUUUCUCUCCUUUCCUAUCUCUCUUCUCCUUUCUCUCCUUUCCUAUCUCUCUUCUCCUUUCUCUCCUUUCCUAUCUCUCUUCUCCUUUCUCUCCUUUCCUAUCUCUCUUCUCCUUUCUCUCCUUUCCUAUCUCUCUUCUCCUUUCUCUCCUUUCCUAUCUCUCUUCUCCUUUCUCUCCUUUUCGCGUGAUCACUGCCCUUCAUAUCUGCCCCACCCUCCCCUAUCUCUCCCUCACUCCCCACUUCCACUCUCAUUCCCACCUUAACUCCCACUUCUUCUCCCACUCCCCGCACCCCCCACCCUGCGCUCCUCUGCCCCUUCCCCUCUCCCCUUUUUCAUCUCCCCUCCUCCCGCUUUCUCUCUAUUAUUCUCUCUUUGACCUUCCCAUCUCUCAUUGA